CCUGCUAAGAUGGCACUGGCCACUUCACUGUCCGGCAAACCAGUACCACCACAUUCCAGAGACGUUUCUACGGCAGAGGUGGAAGUGCACAAGAGCAAGCUGGAUUUUUUCUGCAAACUGGGCUAUGGUAAGGAGGACAUCUGCAAGGUGCUGGAGAACUUAGGCCAAGAGGCCCUGGAGGAUGAUGUGCUGAAAGAGCUGAUUCGGAUGGGAAGCAAACCUCAAGCUGUGGAGAGCCAGGCUCAGCCUUCCUCAUUAAAACUUGUUGCCCGUGGAUCAUGUAGCACUGCACCAGGGUCAAAGUGGUUUAGAGAAGAUGAAAGUGAUUCUUCCAAUUAUUUGAGACCCAUUGUGAUUGAUGGCAGCAAUGUUGCAAUGAGUCAUGGAAACAAAGAAGUAUUCUCCUGCUGGGGGAUCCAGCUGGCAGUGGAUUGGUUUCGAGAGAGGGGGCACACAUACAUCAAGGUUUUUGUACCACUCUGGAGAAAGGAGGCCCCUCGACAAGACAGUCCCAUUGCAGAUCAGCACAUUCUUGAAGACCUUGAAAAGCAGUCCAUCCUUGUGUACACCCCAUCCCGGAAGGUGAAAGGCAAGAGGGUGGUGUGCUAUGAUGACCGCUAUAUAGUGAAAGUUGCUUAUGAGAGGGACGGUGUCAUUGUUUCCAAUGACCACUACCGGGAUCUCCAGAAUGAAAACCCUGAGUGGAAAUGGUUUAUUGAGCAGCGACUACUCAUGUACUCAUUUGUCAGCAACAGGUUUAUGCCUCCCGAUGAUCCAUUAGGCCGGCAUGGACCCACUCUUAGUAUGUUCCUCAGCAAAAAGCCAGUGCUUCCUGAACCAAAAUGGCAGCCUUGCCCCUAUGGUAAAAAAUGCACCUAUGGGAAUAAAUGCAAGUUUUACCACCCAGAGAGACCACACCAGGCUCAGCUCUCAGUUGCUGAUGAGCUCAGGGGCAAUACAAAGGUCUCGUUAAACCUGGUGAAAGAGGGGAAGUGUAACCACUCGCCUUAUGGGACUGGAGGAGAGCCUGCACCUCGUGGCAGCUGCACAGAAAUGCUGCAAGAUGCUGGUGGCAGUGCAGAGGCUUCUUACUAUCUAGGGUGGUCCUGUGGGAGCUGUUCUGAGCAGCUGUCCAGUGCCUGGGCCAAUGGCCCUGGUUCUGUCCUGGGACUGGACCAGCAUUUGCUACAGCCAAAGCCACUGCCAGAUCAGCCUCUCCUGGAGAAGAUGGCAGUUCUGUCAGUCAGUGAUGACACCUAUGGCUACAACUGGCCUGCAGAUACCUUUCAUGACAGGGAGGUGACAGACAGCCCUCACCAUUGUGGCAACCUCAGGCACAACCCAUACUUGCUUCAUCACCUCCACAGCUUGGACCAUGCCUGCUUAGGGGGAUGCCUUUCUCAGCAAACAGUGCUCCCACCCGUGUGGGGCAGGAUGUGCCCAGACCACGGCUGGCCUCAGGGGUGCUGCAGCAUGCAUAGGACAGGUCAGAGGAGCUGCUACAUCCCUGAUGGUGCUCAGCACAAACAGACCCUGGAGACUCAGCACCAUGUUUUGCCACGGUCUGCAACUCUUACCCCUGAUGCACUUAAGUUUCACAGUGAGCAUCAGCCUCAGCAGCACUGUUUCCCUGGGCAGCCUCCACAGCAGCCCAUUCUGUUAGACUCCAGCAAUGAAUUUGGCUUCUUUCAGAAAGCCCAUGAUUACCUUGAUGCCUCCUGCAGUGACUACUGCCCCACCUCAGCUGCAAGGCCACCUCCUGCUCAGCAAACAAACAUACAUAGGGAGCUGUGCUCCCUUUUCCCUUACAGUGAGGUGAACCACAUCAUGGCUUUGUACCCUGAUAUCAAGGAUAUUGCUAGUUUGACUUUACUCAUUCAAAGACACAGAAACUUGUGA